GUGACGUCACAGGAAUGGUGGUCUGGUGUAGCGAAAGGAGCGGCAUGACACUGUUAGAAACUAAUGAGCAGAAGAUACCGUUCUACGACGCAAUUGAAGCCUUGCACUGAUGGACAACAGAAAGCGUCAUGAUAAAAGAUAUUGAAUCAAGAGAGAAAGUUCAAGAUGACACAUGGUGUGAAGGGGCACAAAAUGAUGAUGAAGAGGAGGAGGAUGAGGAAGCCAGCCCUAUUAGAUCUAGUUUCUCAGUCGAGGAUUUGCUCGAUGAGGUGGAGAAGAUCAGCAGUGUUGCCAGUAGCGGCAAAAAGGUGGAGAUUGUAGUGAGACUGUGGAAAAAUGGCUUCACAGUAAAUGAUGAAGAUUUACGUAGUUACUCUCUGGAGGAAAACCAAGAAUUCUUGGAGGCAAUUAAAAGAGGGGAGCUUCCGCUGGAACUAGAAGGAAGAGCCGAAGAUGAAGAACUAGAAGUCAAUGUGGAGGACAUGAAAGAUGAAGUUUAUGUCCCAAAGAAAAAGGCCUUCCACCCAUUUACUGGCAGAGGUUACAGACUAGGAAGUGUGGCCCCACGAGUGGUUGCGAGGUCUCGCUCAAUACACGAGGACUGUUCAGGUCCUCAUCUCCCGGCGGUGGAGCUGAAUGAGGACCUUCCUGUGACCUCUCUUCAGAUCUGGCUGGCUGAUGGUCACCGUCUCGUACAGAGGUUUAAUUUAUCCCAUCGGAUCAGCGAUGUGCAAGAUUUUGUGGAGCAGGCCCAGACAACGAAUGAUCCGUUCAUCCUGACUACAUCCCUGCCCUUCCGCGAGCUAAGAGAUGAGGGCCAGAGUUUGGAGGAAGCCGACCUAUCAAAUGCUGUCAUUGUUCAAAGGCCGAUCAACUCACAAGCUCCGUUUGGUCACUCUUGACUGUUUCUGUUCGCACCAGAGACACAAAUCUAUUGGUUUAAUCUUACCUAUGGGCAACAUUACUAGAAAGGCUUCUGUGUUUCUCCUUGUAGUUGGGUGAUUCUUCAAUAUGGGGAACUUUUCUGUCCAUUGGGAUGAUUUUAAAUGAAAAAUAAAAUGAAUAAUAAUUAUUGUAUUUAAAUAUAGUUUAUAAUGGUUUUAAACGUUAUUGUGCCUGUUUAAUCACUUUAAAAGCAAAGUUCAGGGUUCAAUACAAAUUAAGCUCAAUCUACAGCAUUUGUAGCAUAAUGUUGAUUACCACCGAAAAUAAUUUCGACUCGUCCCUCAUUUAUAAACAAAAAAAAGAAGCAAAAAUCAGGAUAGCAGGAAGGCACUUGCAAUGUAACUGAAUGAGGCUAGUCCAUUAACAUUAAAGUUUGUAUUGUUUGAAAAGUAUACCCACAAGACAUUAUAUGUGUUAACAUAAUUUACAGUAAGUGUGAUGUAUAAUAUCUUACAGGGUUCACUGGCAUUGCGUUGUCAUGGCAACAAAGUUGCAAUAUUGUAUAUAAUUUGACCCUUUGGUAGCAAUUUUGAACGAAUUCAUUAAAAAUGUAAUUAAUUUGAUAACAUGUAUAAUGUUUACGUUUUGUGGCUAUGCUUGUGAAACUGUGUUUAUUUACAUUUUUAUGGACUGGCCCCAUUGUUUUCCAUUAUGCCUUACUUCUUCCAAUAUGCAUUUAUGUUUUUAAAUGUUUUCUCGUAUUUAAUUUUUUGUGGCAAUCAACAUUAUGUCACAAAUGCUGUUGUUAGAGCUUAACUUGUCAUAAACCCGGAAUAUUCCUUUAACAUACAUUUAUAAAAUGUUUUAAAACCAGGGUAAUCUUACUUUGCACUUUUUCUUAAGAACUUAAGCAUGGCUGUCCCAAAGAUUGCUGUUGUUGCUACAAAAUUUUACGUUUCUUUUUAAUUUUAUAAAUUCAAAUUUAAAUAACUGUCUAUGUUACCAAUAUAUAUAUAUAUAUAUAUAUAAUUCAAACUAUCACGCAUUGAAGAAGAUUUCAAGCAGUCAAUAGUGCCCUUAUUUAAAGAAUCACCCAAUUACGUCCCAAAUUGAUCAUAUAUUUAUCUGAUUUUAAAAUGUCUGGGUUCUUUGGACAAGAUGAGGACUUUAUAAAUGGCCACUCAACACUUUACAAGUGUUAGUCAUAUAGCUUUAACACUUGAUCCAGUCAUGAAGAAAGUUUCUUUGAUUGUCCUGUCAUAUUAUUCCACAGCUGGAUACCUUGGCCUUUUCUGAUGUAAUGCACUAUAUGCACAAGCCAAGUCUAUAAACUUCAUGACUAUAAAUGUUUACAUAUAGAUCAGUAAAGAGAUUAGUAAUAUAAUUUUGUGUUUUGUGUUGUACACUAAUGGAACACUAAUUUGUAGUCUAUGCUCUUAUGUCAUGUUGAGUACUGUUAACUUAUAAAGGUCAAAUGUUUUAUGCACUUUGCCUUUGAGGCUCUUUUGUUGAUGACCACUUGCAAUAAACCUAUACAAAAG